AUGGCCUCUGAAGGCACGGCUGCACCGCCACAAGACCUUGCAAAGGAGAAUGUUAAGCCAGAAGGAACCAUGCAAACGGAAGCGAAUAAGAAUGAAAAGCCCGAACCCGCAGAAAAGACCGUUGAUAUCUCCGACCUUCCGUUAUCCGCAGCUGACGGACUGAUUAAAACUCUCUUUCGCGGACCACUUGACUCUUGCAAGCCUACCCCGCCAGCAGAGCUAACUGCCGAACAGAAAUCUAAGUACGACAGCCUCCUAGCGUUGGUGAGAGGGUGGACCACGAUACCGACUACGUCAGCAAAGAAUGCACCUCGUGAGCCACUCAGUGAUGACGAAUGCAUGUUCCUCACACGAGAAUGCUUACUCCGAUACCUUCGUGCUACAAAGUGGAACGUUGCUAGUGCAGAGACCCGACUGCAGGCGACCUUGACAUGGCGUCGCGAGUACGGCGUGAAGGAGCAUACUCCGGAAUACAUUUCAAUUGAGAAUGAGACCGGCAAACAGGUGAUCCUGGGUUAUGACAUUCAUGCUAGGCCCUGUUUGUACCUUAAUCCUAGCAAGCAGAACACCGAACACAGUCCCCGUCAGAUCGAACAUCUCGUCUUCAUGAUUGAACGUGUCAUCGAUCUCAUGGGCCCUGGCCAAGAGUCUCUUGCACUGCUCGUGAAUUUUAAGGAGACCAGCUCUGGACAGAAUGCGACUUUGUCUCAGGGAAGACAAACUCUGAGCAUCCUACAAAACCAUUACCCAGAGCGCCUCGGCAGGGCUCUAGUUAUUAAUAUGUCCUUCUUCAUUCUUGGCUUCUUCAAGCUGAUCACUCCUUUUAUCGACCCGCUGACGAGGGAGAAGUUGAAGUUUAACGAAGACAUGCGCCAGCAUGUUCCGCCUUCUCAACUCCUCAAAGCAACCGGUGGAGAUGUUGAGUUCGAGUAUGACCAUUCUGUCUACUGGCCAGCUUUGAAUGCCCUAGCUGCUCAGAAACGGCAGGCCUACCGUGAGAGGUGGAUUCAGGCAGGCAAAUUUAUAGGUGAACACGAAGACUACCUCAAGGGGGGAUCCGGAAAGUGUCUUCGAGAAACACCUCCCACAGCGGCCGAGGCCGAGCUUGAGGAGAAAAUGGUGAACUUGGCUGUUGGCAAUUCGGAUAAGUCCCAGCCCGCGACCACUGCGACGAUUUCCUAA